AUGGCCAUGCCUACAGCAGCAGCGGCAGCGACGAACAUGGGAACAGGCAACUCGCGCACGUUAGUCUGGUUGAUUACAGGCUGCAGCAGUGGUCUCGGCCUGGCACUGGUCCGAUAUGCUCUUUCCAAGGGUCAUAUUGUCGUUGCGACGUCCCGAAACCCCUCGAAAACACCAGGACUGGCCACCGAAGUCGAGGGUCUUGGUGGCAAAUGGCUGACCCUUGAUACGACCAAGAGUGAGCAGGAAAUAAAAGCAACAAUUCAACAGGCAGAGUCCCUGUUUGGCAGGAUCGAUGUGUUGGUGAAUAAUGCUGGUUACUGUGUCCUUGGUGCGCUAGAGGACAUUCCGGAUGAAGAGGUUGUUGCACAAAUGCGCACCAAUUUCUUGGGACCUUUGCGGUUGAUGAAGGCUGUGUUGCCAGAAAUGAGGAAACGCAGGUCAGGUGUGAUAUUGAAUGUUUCAAGUACACAAGGGCUUUGUCCCAGUCUGGGCUGCAGCAUUUAUGCGGCCAGUAAGGCGGCUCUUGAAGCAGCCUCCCAGGCCUGCAGUUCUGAAGUUGCACCUUUCGGGAUAAGGGUGCUUAUCGUGGAGCCAGGUGCGUUUCGGACAGGCUUUGCGCUCACAGAUGUGGCCAAGUACAUUCAGCCAUCGGAAGAAUAUGCAGGUCCUCAUCCAGUUGGUCAGCGACUCGAUCAAAUCCAGCGAUUACCAGGGCUGGCAGCGGGCGACCCAUCCAAGGCCGCUAGGGUGAUGUUUAACGCUGUGACCGGGGAGGGAGAUGCUGGAUCCCUCAUCAAGCAGACAGGCCUUUUGCGAGUCAUCCUCGGACCUGAUUGCUGGAGGAGAGUGAACGAGCAGGUGAAUGAGCUAAGGAGAACAGCGGACCUCCUGAAGGACAUCGCUGCCAGCACAGAUUUUUGA